CUACGUGUUCUAGUCCCUCCCUGUUUUCGAUGGCCAUGUGAGUUUGCCUGGUCUGUAGUUUCCUGUGGAUGUCAACGGUGACUAACACAGGACCUCAUUAUUUACCGAUGUAUUAUUAAUCGAUCGCAGUCUGGAUUGAUAGGUUUCGCUGUGAUGGUCAGUUAGCGGCUAACACGAGAGAUGGCGGCUCUGUGGCGGCUCGCGCCUCGCCUUCUGACCCUGAGGAUCUGCAGAUCAAUCGGGCACAAGACCGACGAGCUCCUGAAGAACGAGUUGGUUCAGAGACACAUUAAACGUGUGAUCGACGAGCAGAAGUGUAUUUCUAGUCGUUUAGAGAGCGGACAGGUGCCAGAGUCUGACAGGAGAGGGUUAAACCUGCGGCUAGUCGAAGUGUCGAAGAUUGUCAAAGCGUUUGAGAAAACUCAACUAGCCUUCAGAGAGCUGACCGAGAUACAGACUCUCAUUCACAACACCAGAGCUGAAGACCAGCAGAUGCUUUUGCUGCUCCGAGAGGAACAUGAAGAGCUGAUCAGAAGAACAGAGAAGCUGAACAAGGAGCUGAUAGAGACGCUGGUUCCUGCUGAUGAUCUCGACAGCAGAAGCGUCAUCCUGGAGGUGGCAGCAGGACGAACCACCGGAGGAGACAUCUGCCAGCAGUUCACCAGAGAGAUAUUUGACAUGUACCAGGGCUUUGCCUCCUACAAACACUGGGACUUUGAGCUCUUCAAUUACACUCCGGCAGAUUACGGUGGUGUCCAUCACGCGGCCGUGAGGAUCUCCGGAGGGUCUGUGUACCGCUGGCUGAAGUUCGAGGGGGGGACACACCGAGUGCAGAGGAUUCCUGAAGUGGGUCUGUCGUCACGCAUGCAGCGCAUUCACACGGGAACCAUGACGGUCAUAGUGCUGCCGCAGCCUCGUGAUGUGGACAUUCACAUCGCAUCUAAAGACCUGCGCAUCGACACCUUCAGAUCACGCGGUGCAGGUGGUCAGAGCGUCAACACCACGGACAGCGCUGUCCGCAUAGUUCACCUGCCCACAGGUGCGUCUGAGCUAGUGUCCCGCUACAGGUGCGUCUGAGCUAGUGUCCCGCUACAGGUGCGUCUGAGCUAGUGUCCCGCUACAGGUGCGUCUGAGCUAG